UCUUUACACUCCGCGCCUGGUAACCCUCGUCUGUCACUUCCUUCCUCUUCUGCACUCUUCGCGCGCUUCAGCCCCUCCAACUUUCAUGAAUCCACCUUCCUACGAGAUAUAAGGCAAGCGGACGCAAAACGGGAUUUAAUAUCCUGUAGGAUUAAAGUUGUCUUGUUUGCCGUUUGACAGUAUUUAGGUUAAAAUUAGGUUAAAUCCUGCUCAAAUCCUGCUACCAAACAGCACGUAAGGGAAAUGUCGAGGACCUUGGUUCAGCCCGUUGGGCAGAAGAGGCUGACGAACGUUGCCAUCGUCCGCCUUAAGAAACAUGGCAUGCGGUUUGAGAUUGCCUGCUACAAGAACAUGGUUCUUUCAUGGAGAUCUGGAGUAGAAAAAGAUCUGGAUGAAGUAUUGCAGUCACAUACUGUAUACUCAAAUGUUUCUAAAGGAGUUCUUGCAAAGUCAAAAGAUUUACAUGCAGCUUUUAAAACUACUGAUCAAUCAUUCAUAUGCAAAGAGAUUUUGGAGAAGGGAGAACUUCAAGUUGCUGGAAAGGAGAGGGAAUCCCAGCUAUCAAGCCAGUUUCGGGAUAUUGCAACAAUUGUAAUGCAGAAGACUAUAAAUCCUGAAACCCAACAUCCUUACACUAUCAGCAUGAUUGAGCGGCUGAUGCAUGAAAUACAUUUUGCCAUUGAUCCUCAUAGUAGUUCUAAAAAACAGGCUUUAGAAGUUAUUAAAGAGCUUCAAGAACAUUUUCCAAUAAAAAGAGCACCUAUGAGAUUGCGCCUUAUUGUACCAGACAUAUACCUUUCUAGUCUAAUGGAAAAGCUUGGAGAGUGGAAUGCGAAUAUCAUCUUAAAGAAUGCAUCAGGUGGCAUGCCAACAAUUGUUUGCGAAAUAGAUCCAGGACAUUUUCGAGAUUGCGACGCUUUCGUUCGCGGCUUUCAAGGGAAGUUGGAAAUACUUGCUGUAUCUGUAUUUCUGGAAGGGGAUACCAAUGUCUACCUAUAUGAUAAUGCAAAAGACCUUGAAUCAAGUUCUGUCCAAGAAACUGAAGCUGUAGCUGAACUGGGGAAGAAAAUUAUGAGCAAUAAUAUCUCAAGUGAAAAUAAAACUACAGAAGAACAGAUCAAGCAAAACAAAUGCAGCACAUGUGAUGCAAUUGUGGGAGAUGUUAAACAGUACAGAGAGCACUUUAAAAGUGACUGGCACAAGCAUAAUUUGAGAAGGAAAACGCGGCAGCUUCCUCCUUUAAGCGCUGAGGAAUGCUUGGCUGAGAUGCAACUGAAUGAUAUGGAUGCAGGUCUCAAGGAUUACUCAUUUUAAGGUGAUAAUAAUGUAUGAUUGGCACAAGCUGUGAUUUUUAUAUGCCCUUAUAUACUAUUUAAUUUAUAUUUUGAUACUAUUAUGCCAACUGAUUAUGUUUAUUUGAGCUUCUAUUUUGAGAUGCUUAAAUUGUAAAUGUGGUCUCUUUAAAGUUUCUUGGGUUAA